UACACCAUAGAGAUAUAAAAUUGUUUUGGUCAACACCACAAACUUAACAUCGCCCCCCACACACGGAGAGUGGUACGCUCCACGUCUUCAGCAGAAGAGGGAGGGUCAACAUGGCGUCCGAGCAGGAAAGCUCCAACGGCCCAGUGAAGAAGUCCAUGAGAGAGAAGGCCAUCGAGAGGCGCCACAUCAACAAGGAGCACAACAGUAACUUUAAAGCCGGCUAUGUGCCCAUCGAAGAGGAGCGUCUUCACAAAACAGGGCUGAGAGGACGGAAAGGAAACAUGGCUGUUUGCAUCAUCGUCCUCCUCUUCCUCCUUGCCCUCAUUAAUCUCAUUAUCACUCUGGUAAUAUGGACUGUGAUCCGCAUCGGUCCGAAUGGCUGCGACAGCAUGGAGUUCCACGAGAGCGGCAUCCUGCGCUUCAAACAGAAGGCAGACAUGGGCAUUGUUCACCCCCUGCACAAGAGCACGAUCGGAGGCCGGAAAGACCAGGACCUGGUCAUCAUUGGCAACAACAACCCGGUGGUCUUCCAGCAGGGCUCCACCAAGCUAAGUGUGGAAAAGGACAGGACGUCUGUUGUGAGUGAUGUGGGCAUAUCCUUCACAGACCCUCGCACGCAGACCACAUUCUUCAGCACAGACUUUGAAAACCAUGAGUUUCAUCUGCCCAAAGGAGUCAAAGUCCUCAGUGUGAAGAAGGCUUCAACAGAGAGGAUCACAAGCAGCGCAACAUCAGAUCUGAAUAUUAAGGGAGACAACAAAGCAAUUAUUCGUGGAAAUGAAGGGGUGAACAUCAUGGGCCGGACUGUGGAGUUCAAAAUGGGGGGAGGCAUCGAGCUGAAAGCCGAGAAUACUAUUGUUCUGAACGGGUCGGUGAUGUUCAACGCCACGCGCAUCCCUAACACCGCCGGAAACGUCUACUUCAACGACGGCUUGGAGCGCUACAAGCUCUGCAUGUGCGAAGACGGGACUUUGUUCCGCGUGCUGGUGAAGUUCACCAACACAGGCUGCCAGACGUCAGACAACCCCUGCAGGAAGGUUCACUAGGACUGACCCCCCGCCUGAUUCAUCAGGCACCAAACCACUUACAAUGUGCCAUUAUUGGCAAACAAAUGUUUAUACAAACACAUUCAGUCCUGGAGUUCAUGCUUCUUGAUGCAGUGGUUUAUAAUAUGUAUUUUUAGUAUUUAUUUUUUGACCGAUGUCAUUACAAAGAAAGGUUGUAUGUCAAAAAAAUGGCCACGGAUUGUGUCUUUGUUCCUGUAGCUCAUGUGUGACACAGUAAGAUACUCACAGGUGUGCAGAGUUUGGCACACCUGUGAGUAUCUUCCAUGUUUUUUAUGCUAAAAUCUAAAAGUCUAAAUAUGUUUGACAUGACAUGAGCCAUAUAAAUAUUCUAAAAGCAAAGAGAAGGAGCUCUAGGGCUUCCUAAACUGACAUUAAUGACAAAAAAACUUUGUUCUGUUCUACAAAUCUUUAUGAAAACCCAAAGGUCUGCUGCUCUUUAAAGUCCCACUUCGAUCAUCUUUUGAUCUAUUUUCAAAGCAGUCUUAGUGGUCUUUUAAUUAUCAUUAUACUGUUUUUAGACAAAAUGUUAAAAAUUGUGUCAUUUCCCAGGAUGUAGUAUCUGCAGAGCGGUAGGAGUUCAUAAGAAAUUCACCUCUGAGUUGUGGGCGGGACUGUUUGCGUGGAGUAAGACUACAGUUAAUUAAAUACGUUUUUUUCCGUCAGCCUGUCCAGGGGAGUUACUUUCCAUCAUCCCUUUGUUCAUACUCUCUCCUGCUAGCUUACAGCCCCUCACAACUCCAACCUAUCAUUAGCAGAGAAACAAAAAUGGUGAGCAACAUCAGAGCCACCCAGCUGUACAGUUCUGAUCCAGAUUCCAGCUCAGACCAGGAAAACAAAGACGUUCAUGGAUCUAUUUGUCUGCAGGUGGAUGCUUCAGAAUGGAGCGGAGCAUCAAGACUGUGACCUGCCAUUGUAGCUUUAUGUCACAACUAUAAGCUUUGAAUAAAAAAAUACUCAGAAUUAUAGUUUUAAUCACUAUUUUCUUUAUAUAUGUUCUCCAUCAUGAGAAAAUGCCAUUUCACUGCUCUCUGUGCAUUUUUAACAAAGUCAAAGAACAGAUUAAAAAUAUAAAAUGUUAUUUUCUGUAUUGCAAAAGUGUAGCUCAGUCAUCGUCAUGCACGUCUAAGUCUCCAAACUUCAGGAAGUAAGACCAUCAGUAACCUGGAGUGAUGUCAUAAUUGAAUCCAUUUGAGUAUUAAAGAUGUGAUUUUUGCUUUUGACUUGUGUGCGAAUUUGUUUUUGAGAACGUCUUUCAUCUUCAGGACUAAGACUUCAUGUCUUGUGUCGGAGAAAUGUGCAACUUUGUUUUACUUUGAUCUGGUUAGUUUUAAUAAAGAAACUUGUUUGGUGCCAA